GGAAAAUAUGGGAAUGAGACUCACAGAAGAGGAAUUUGCUGAAUUGUCAGGACAACUACAAGUUGAUGCGAAUGGGAAUGUUGAUCUGCCUAACUUGAUGGAAGCAGUGAAAGCUAUUACAGGGAAGGUUGACAUCAAGAACCUGGAAACCGUUCUAGGCAACAUGGGAAUCAAGCUCACUGACAAGGAACUUGAAGAUCUGAAUCAAAACCUGCCUGUCAGUGUUGAUAAUAAAGUUGCUCUGAAAACUUUGAAGGAUGAAGUGAAAGCUUUUACAGGAGAAAAGAUUGAUUCCAGUGACCUACAAAAUAUUCUGAAAGACAUGGGGAUUGAGCUUACAGAUAUGGAGCACAAGCAUCUACUGAAAACACUGCCCAUUGAUGCUCAUGAAAAGGUGUUUCAAAACAGGUUGCUGAAGGAUGUGAGAUAUAAUAAAAGAGGGAAGGUUGAUGUAAAUAACCUGGAUCCUGUUUUAGAAGCCAUGGAGGUCAAGCUUACAGAACAGGAACUCAAUCUGAUAAAGGAUCUUCUGAAUGGCUAUAAGAAAGUUGAUCUGAAAAACCUGAUGGAUAAGGUAGAAGCUGUUACAGGGGAGGAAGUUGAUAUCAACGACUUAGGAACAGUUCUAAGAAACAUGGGAAUAGAACUCACAGAUAAAGAACUCUCACAACUGGUGAAAAAUCUGCCAGUUGAUAAUGGAAAGGUCUACCAGAGAAGGUUGCUGGAUGGUAUAAAGUUUCUUAAAGGAGGGAAGAUUGACUCCAGUAAAGUGGAUGCAGUUUUGGGAAACAUGGGCAUGGACCUCACUGAAAAGGAGCUUAAAGACAUAACACAAAACCUGCAGGUUGAUGAAGGCAAUGUUGAUGUCAACAAGCUGGACACUCUUUUAGAAAACAUGGGAAUCAGCAUCAAAGAAAAAGAAUUCAUGGAUCUGAUAGAAAGACUGCCAGAUGCUGAUAAAGGGAAGAUCAAACUAAAUACAUUGAUGGAAGAAUUGAGUACUGCUUUAGGAGAGCAGAUAGAUGUCAGUGAUGUAUAUGACGCUCUGAAAGACAUGAAAGUUGAGGUCACAGACAAAGAAUACUUUAAUUUAGUAAAAACUCUACCACUUGAUGGAUUUUCUUCUAAAAUGAUACCAGACUGUUACCAGGUUGUUUUGUUUAAUCAUUUUUGA